AUGCUACAUCCCAUCCCUCCUACAUCAACCCAAUUUCGCACGAUCAAUGGGCCAUUCAUGAUUAUCACAUCAGCGAGGCGAGUAACAGGCCGGGUCGGGACCUUGGCCAGUAGUUACAGAUUUACCCGCCUUCGAAGAUGUCGAUUGAUUAGCUCCGAUGCCGCGUCUCCCGAUGACCGGCCGUCGCUCAAGAAGCGCCCGCAGUUCCGCGACUACUUCGUUACCUAUCUACCAUCAUCAUCACUACAUCCGGACCCUCGGGGACCAACCUCCCCCUUUCACAAACUCCCUCGUUCAGCAUCUAUACCACAUACCGGCGAAACCCCGCACUCCCCGACCUCGUUCCAGCAACUAGUGGGACGAGAGACGACCGUGGUCCGAAUCCCGCUGCGAAGCGCGAAGCACCAUUACGGUGCCGUCACUGCCCGCGGUACCCGCCCGGCCAACGAGGAUACAUACCAAGCCGGCGUGAUUGAUGUACCUGCAUUUGCGAAACGCCCUCCAGCAUCACUGACCAUCAAACGCUCCAAGAUCUUCUACUUUGGCAUUUUCGACGGCCAUGGCGGGUCGGAGUGCAGUACAUUUCUAAAGGAAAACCUUCACGAAUAUAUUCAAGACACUGCCGCAGAAUUUGAAGUCAGCUCGGUUCUUCGAAACAAACAAUUGCAGAUAGGCGGGGCCGAUUCAUUGCCAGUUUUACAGGCGGGAAACCGCCAGCUCAUCGGAGACCUUGAGAAGAGUCUUGUACAGAAUUGGAGACGCCUAGUUGGUGGCUAUUUUAAGCGAUUCAAGCCCGCAACGUUCUCCUACUAUGGAUCCGAUAGCGACGUGGACCCGGAGACCGCGCCCGAUGGGAAAGUUUCCAUGGAGGAAAUCUUAGAGUAUGCGUUUCUGCGUGCCGAUCUCGAUUUUGUGAAAGCGCAAGCUGCCAAGCGCGAUGACGAUCUUGUUCUAGCCGAAAAGCCUUUGAACGAGGACGAGAUCCUCCACAGCCCGAGCUUGACCAGAAGUCCCAAGAUUGGUGGCCGCUCGCGAUUCAAGGGUGGUAGUACAGGAACUACUGCCAUGAUCUCGACACCCUCGCCAACUCCCUUUUGGCAUCCCGCUGCCCCGUCAAGUCUACUUGUCUCCCAUGUUGGUGAUACAAGAGCCUUGCUGUGUUCGACCGACACUGGCGAGGCUAUCCCGGUUAGUUCCAACCACCACCCAUCGUCACCUAUCGAGGCGGCUCGACUUCGCCGUUACGCUACGACCUUUGUCACCGACUCCUUUGGAGAAGAGCGCAUGAGUGGACUCGCAAAUACUCGCGCAUUUGGAGAUGUCCAGUCAAAGCGUAUUGGCGUAUCCGCCGAGCCAGAACUCAAUCGCAUCGAGAUGGGCCCCGCCGAAUUCUCGUUUUUGGUCAUGAUGUCGGAUGGUGUCAGCGGCACACUCCUGGAUCAAGAGAUUGUGGAUAUCAUCAAAGAAGCCAAGACCCCCGAGCAAGGUGCCCGUGAUGUGGUGGGUUUCGCUACGGAGGUCUCUAAGGAAGGAGACAAUGCCACUUGUCUUGUUAUUCGGCUUGGCGGUUGGGAACGGCGACAAGAGGGAGGCGUGGGAAGCUUGGGGACCAAGGAGUCUCGCGAGUGGCGACGUCAGGAUGCCACUGAUCCGCGCAGGUCACGGACAUGA